UAACGUUUCUGACUCCCACGAGUAGCUCAAUAUAGCGUGAGGGACACAAGCGGCGUAACAAGGCUGUAGCAUCAGUAUAAUAUGUUGAAUCAUCGGUAAAUACGCAACGCAAAUGGAGUAAUCGGAGACUUGAAAACAGGAAAAACCGGAAAAGUGAGACAAAUCAAUCAAUAUGGGUCUCAAAGACUUUCGGAUAGUAUUUGACAAUCAAUGGAGUACGUAUUAUCCGGGACAAACUGUGACAGGUAACAUCAUCAUCGUCCUGGACAAAACAAAGAAAAUUCGCGGUAUAAGUGUGAAAAUAAAAGGGGAAGCGAAUACUCGUUGGACGACUGACAAACAAGAGAUGGAUGAGAAGGGACAAUAUCGAGAUGAAACUCAAACUGUUACGGCGCAUGAAGAAUAUUUCGAAACGAAAUAUUAUUUGAUUGGAUCGUCCUCGGGUGGAGAAAUUGAAAUACAAUCAGGAGAACACAAAUUUCCAUUUACAUGUUCUUUACCAACAAACUUACCAACCAGCUUCGAAUCUGACUUUGGAUACAUUCGAUAUAUCGUCAAAGCUACUUUGGAUCGGCCUUGGAAAUUCGAUCAAGACGUUAAGAGUCCUUUUACAGAACCUGUAAGAGAAGAAAUGACCAAGACAUUUUGUUGCUUAUGCUGUGGCACGCCACCUUUAACCGUAAACUUUUCAUUACCAGUUCGAGGAUAUGUGCCUGGCCAAUCAAUGCCGAUAAAAAUAAAUGUGGAAAAUCAUUCAAACAUUAUUGUAAACAGCAUUAAGCUCGUCCUCUGUAAGAUUGUGACUUUUCGCGCUACUACACCACAUACAGACACCAAAGAGGAGGAAAUUGUAGUGACAGAAGUCAGCAAAGGACCAGUUGAGGGGGGUGGAAUCGCCGAUUACGAGCAAUAUUUGGACAUUCCGCCUCUUCCACCAUCGAAUCUUGCUAAUUGCCACAUUAUCGAUCUUGAAUAUAAUUUAAAAGUUACAGCAUGUGUCGAAGGAUGGUACCAUCGAAAUUUAUCCGCCAAUACGCUUAUUUUCGUGGGAACAAUUCCGCUCGCUACUUACCAUGCUCCAAGUGCUCCGCCUGUUGAAACGGAUGGCGAUUAUUCAAUGAAAUCACCUGAAGCUGGUUUCGUAGUACCUUCGGCAAAUACUACGCUACCUCCAUUGCCAGAAUCCAAUUUGUAUCCAAAUUUACCUCCACCAUCUUAUGAGGAGUCAUUAAUCGGGGCUAAAAAUCUUCGCGAACGCGGGGAAUCAGAAUAUGUUUAUGGCCUGUCUAAUCGUUUCGCACCAAAAUAUCCAGUAUAUAAUUUUGCUCCCAUGCAAUAAAGGGAGAAAGAAAGAUACUGCUAUAUUAAGAUUAGCUUUUUGCAAAAUUCUAGAAAUACGUACUUUGCUGCUUUGGCAAUAAAAGUUUUUAAGAACGCACAUAAAUUACUAAAUAUUCGUAUAGCUUUAAAUACUUCUAAUCAACGUUUAUAAAAUAUAAUGAAUUAUAUAUGUUAUUAUAAAGUGUGCAACUUUUUGCGUCCAAUGAACAAACGCACAAUGCUUCUCUAUAGUCGGCAUUUAUAUUUUUUUACAUGUAUUGAGCAGAGGUUAAACUGUCUAACGGUAUAUUUAUUAAUAUUAAUAUAUUUAUAUAAAUAUAUACACGGAUGAUAAAAUACGUACGAUUUUAUAUAUAAAGUAUCGAUAUAUAAAAGUAUCGAUUCUCUCUCAUAAAACUAGAAUUAAUGAUUUCGAUGAUUUCGAUAAUUAGUGCACUAGCAAUUUGCAAUUGCGACACUUAAAAAGCAAUGCUGUAUAUAAGUACGUUGUGUGUGAUUAUUCAUCAUAGUCACAUAUAGUAACGUAAAGUAAAAUAAAAGAUCGAUUUCACCAUGAG